GUUAAAAAUCACCGAAAAACGUUGGAAAUUUUUAUCUUUUUUGAACAAUUUCACGCGAUCUCAGAGCAAAAUAGUUUUAAUUUGCAACUGCCGUAUUCAUUUCUGUUGGAAAAGUGCCGAGAAAAAGGCCGAAAAAGUGGAGCGCACUGAAAUCUGCGGCCGCAAUCCGUGACAGACUUGGCCAGGAACCGUCGUUUUAAGUUACCAAACGGACAGAAAAGAUUACACCUAAACGCACUAGCUAGCACCCGGUCAACCGAGGGUAAAAUAAUCAUGAGUGAGAGUGGAGAUUCGUUUAAUCCGGAGAUUGAUCCCACGCCCAGCAAGAUGCAACGACGGAAAUCACGAGGCACCCGGAACCUGCUAGAAGAUAACUCCAAAUUUCUGGCCAAUUUCGAUCCCGGAAUUUCACGGCGCGAGAAGCGAAAGCUGGCCCAGAUUAUUCCUUUGCAACAGACGGAAACAAGAAACAGAAAAUCGAGUCUGUACAACGAACAGGGAUGGCUGAGAGAAAGCAGAAGGAACUUGUGCGAUUGUCUGGACUUUACCUGCCCCGGAUGCCACUUCCCUUGUCCGUCCUGCGACAGCGCAAUGUGUGGUCCCGUCUGUCGCCGCAAUCGGCGCUGGAUGUAUGAGCAGAUUGUCCACGAUUCAAAGGAGAAGAUCAUCACGAACGAACUGAUCAAGAAGAACACCCCGCCGCAAAAGCAUCCGGUGAAGAAUUAA